AUGGAUAGCCUAGGCACCAGCCCCCAGCUCACCGCGGAGUUUGUCAAGUUCCUUGAUGCUCAGCUGCAAGAUUGCAGGGACCAGUUGCAGCGACUGAAUGAGGAGAAUGUUUCCCUCAAGCAAAACCUUGACAGCGCACCGCAACGCAGCGGCACCUCUGGCCCUACGGAUGAUCAGGCAGUUUCCGGCUUGAAGGCCGAGAUAACGUCGUUGAAAGACGAGCUGGCCGCCUUACAAUGCACCGCCGAGGUCCAUCGUAAGGACGCAGUGAUAUGGCGCGAACGCUAUGAGAAAGCCAAAACUUCGAUCACUGCUGAGAACCUUGGGGACCUUCAGAGGAGGGCUGCGGUAGAGAAGGUCAUGAAGGUCAUGAAGGAAGAUUUGGUGCCGAAAACCAUCACUGGACUGGAUACUGCGCCGUCGACCCCCGAAAACUUUUUAGAGUUUAGUGCCUUCAUGUCGAAGCUCUCGGGCUCCGCUGUAGCGGACACGCAUGCGACGGAGUCCCGCGUAGUCUUCGACAAGCCCAAGUUACAGAUCCUACCCAAGGCUGCUAUCGCCGCAAGUGACGGCGGCUUCGCGUUCUUCGGCGGGCUUCUGCAGUGGUGUGACCCGCCCUCGCAGAACGCGCUCCUCAUCUGCCCCACGCGCCAUUACACCCCACACUCCGGCCCCGCUGACUCGACGAGCUCUCAUACCAGUUGGUCCCCGGCGACUGAGUGGGCGUCUCUGGCCAGCCAGCGGCGCGAGAUCUUCGACACGGACGGGGGUCAACUCAUGUACGCAGGGACCUUCCUCGUACACGCCGGGCCCAAGGUCCUGCGGCUGCAAGACCUGCCCCAGCCCGUCAACGAGGCGCUCCUCCGCGAGCUCGCCUGCCGCACCUUCGACCCCGCAUCCAAGUCCCAGAAAACCAAGGCGCGCGCGUACCUGCACGCGCUCGCGGAGCUGUACACGGAGGGCGCGAUCGCCGUGCAGGUGCUCGGGCUGCAGCGCGUCGGGUUCAACGAGAAGUUCUUUGGGGUCCUGCGCAAGGCGUACGGGAAGCGCAGCAAGGGGCGCGCGCGCUCGGAGACGCAGCGCUCGGUGAGCCCACUUGAUGCCCAUUUGUUUGAUGAAUUCGUGGGGGAGGACACGGCGUCAUCGGCGUUGCGGAAGCGCGCGAGGGAGGAGGAGGAGGAGGCGGGGCCGUCAAAGGUGCGGAGGGUGGACGACCUGCUGAACGAUGGGUGGUUUUGA